GCUUUGCUUAGUAUUAUAAGGGACUCUGUCGUCGACGACGAGGACGACCCUCAGUACUAAACAGAAACAGAGAUUUUCUGGCAUGACACUACGCCUUACUAGGAAGCAAAAAUAAGAGCACGUACUACAUGUUGAAGUUUUCCUCAUCGUAUACUCCUUAAUAUUAGGAACAAGAACGUCUAAUUUAGUAAUUCCAAUAUUGGCUUUCCCAGAAUUAGGUUUCUUCAUCAUUGAUAGUGAUAGCAAACUGAUAUGACUAGUUGUUGAACAAGAUGGUUAGCAGUACUUUUUGAUGAAGAUUAUGAGACUGUGAGUGAUAAAGAAUAUGAAUCCAUACAUUUUUAUUUUGUAGUCGCAUUCUACUGAUUCUUCAGCUAUUAAUAUCGUCUCUUGUUGCAUGGUUGAGUGCAAGGAUGACGUAGUCCAUGCCUUUCAUGCACUCGCGCGCGUCCCACAGUGAAGCUAUGGAGAGAACUUUCAGCAGCUCACGAUCAAGAAGAACAACUAUUCGCAGCCCGAGGAGCAGAGACAUGAAAGACAUUCACAAAAGACGAGAUGAAUUUGGAGCAGGUACAGGAGCUGGCUCAAGUACGUCCGGUGUUGAGCGGAGCCAGAAUCAGAAAACAAAAGUUCUCAUGCUAUUUGGUGCUGCACUCUCGGCCCUUCUGGCAGGAUGUCCGCAACUAACGCUUUAUCUAUUUGGCGGAGACAAGGUCAUAUUAGGUGGAGGGCUGUUACCUUACUGGAGGUUGUUGCAUUCAUCAAGAAUAUUUUCCAGGCAUUCACUAUUAGGAAACGACCUUGCAGUGGAGAUCGACGAGGAGACAGGACAGUUAAAGCAAAGCGCUAACGAGGAAGAUGAAAUAGAUCUCGUCAGUAUUUCGAGGAAGAUGAUUCACGAUGAGAUAGAACUAGAAGAAGAUGGCCGCGGCGAAGAGAAAGAACUUUUAUCCACAGAGACGUGCGUUGAAAACGAAGACGACACGACCAGUGUUGAGAAGAAGUCACGCUCUAGUGGACGCGCUGGACAAGACGAAGGCGGCAGUCUCGAAGAACAAGAUGAUGAAGAAUUUCAGCCAGUGGUGCGUCGUCGAUUGGCAGAGGCACCACCACAACCAGGGCAAAGUGAUGUCUACUGGGUACCAAGAAGUGGGGGCAGCACAACUCGACAAUCUUUACUAGAUAAAGCCUGGUCAUCUGAGCAAGGUGUAGCUGAGCAAUCUUCCAAUCCUGCUGAAGACAUCUUGAAUCGCAGAAUACUCGCAGAACCACACGGAAAUUUAGAUGUACAUCCAGCACCUCAAGAGCAGGGUAAUCUCGGUUUGCCACCACCUGUGAUUCCACAGCCAGUUCCAACUGAAGACGAUGAUGGCGAAGCGCACCUUGGUGAUGAUCCAAAUUUACAUCACACAAGGGAUCUUCGAAAUGAGCCCCCGAAUACUGACCAAGAAGAGAUCGAACCACAAGUAGAUCGUGCGCGACGGAACAGCUACAACCAGCUCGACUCCGCAGUCGGUCAGUACGCAGCUUCCGAGGGAGAGAAUUUCGCUUUUCUAAACGAUAUGGUAGAAAUACACGCUGAUCCUACCACCGAUACACGUGUUGACGCACGGCGGCUCAUGUACGAUGAAGCGAAAAAGCUAGAGGCUGCGAGGGUAACUUAUAUCUUCUUCAAGCGUCUUGUUUCUUCCGACGAGAUGGAAUUACACGAACUAUCCCUGGUUGAUGGAAGAUGGUGAAAAUAUUAUUUCAUUCUGUUCUUGCAAAUGACCAGGUGUAUGGUAGUAUCCACCAAUUCAUUCUAAGUGACCACGAGGUCGUGUACGGUAGUUGUAUUAAUCCCAAAUGACCAGGUGUACGGUAGUAUCCACCAAUUCGCGUACUACUUCGUUGACUUGUUAAUCGGCGACCCAGAGGCCCAGCGGACAAGCGUUAUCAUCGAUACGGGAUCCUCGCUGUGCGGUUACCCAUGCAAGGGAUGCUCUCAUUGUGGUCGACAUAUCGACGCGGCAUUUGACGUGUCGAAGUCAAAGAGCUUCCAUUGGAUCAAAUGCAACGCAAAUUGUACUCUCCCUUUCCCUUCGUCAAGCUUCUUAAGUUGAUGUUACAAGAAUACGAAGUCUUCAUUCUUCUAGAAAUUAUAUUACAUACAUAGAUAAGCGUAUUGGACAUAUUUUAACUUAAAUUAUUUUUACUUCUUCGUCCUCAAUCAAACACCUGUAGGACAAUCAGUGCUUUAUAGGACAACAAAACUCGAUGUAGGUUAGCCAAAACCUACACUAGUAUAUCGCUUUCCACCUUUAACGCAAGAUACUGAAAACAAAAUGCUUGACUCAAGCUUUGACAUUCCAACUGAAGUGCAGCUUGUUCUGAGUUCUAGGGUCCGAAUGUUUUUUAUCCGUUGUAAAAAGAAUAACUCAACUUUGGUCUUCCUCGGUCUAUCUCAUUAUACAUAGAUAAGCGUGUUGCGCUUGAGAUUGAUCGCAUUUCUUGUUCCUUGAGCAAUCUUUCUACUUAGUUGUUCCUAGGUGUCUUCUCCAACAAACACCAGGUAAUUGUCAAGGAGACAAGUGUAGCUACAGUCAAGGUUACACAGAAGGCAGUUCCAUUAGUGGUCACUGGUUCGAGGACUACGCACGGCUUGGCGACACGAUACAGCACAAUCCGCCUGUGAAGGUGAAAAUGGGCUGUCACAUGAGCGAGAACAAAUUGUACGUCACUUCUUCAUCUUUCUUGAGCUUCAACUCUUUGUCUUGACUCGUUUGUAAGGACUUAAGUACUUCUUUCCACUAGAAGAUUCUACCUUAUGCCAUCUUGUACACCUUCUGCGUGGAAAAGACGUGCACAUCUCAUACAUUUGCAGGUUUUACACACAGAAGGCGAACGGAAUCUUCGGUCUUGCUGGCAACGGCGGAGGCAAUCUGCGGACCAAGCCUACCAUUUUAGCUGACAUUCUUCGAGAUCGCGAGCACGUGAACGCAAAAAUUUUCAGUACUUACUUUUGUGUAGGACGAGGUCAAUCAUUUUUAUUCUCUAGGGUCAACAUUAUAUAUAUAUAAAAAUAUAUUACGAGCAAUCGCGCAAAGGUCUUUGUGAUAGUACCUGCUCUACUUCUCAUCAUGGGCGCUUUUCCGAACGGCAGCUAAGUUGAUAACGUAAUUUCCCGACUACACCAGCAAUCUGCCUGGCGCAAGACGGAGGACGCUUAAUCGCUGGUGGUUACAACAGUUCAUAUCAUGAGCCGGUUGAUGCGCCGAUCCGUUACGUUCCGUUGGGCGCCAACAGCAAAUUCUAUGUUGUGAGUCUCAGUAAAACGAAAGUUGGCGGUACGUUGCUGCCGGCAGCCAACUAUGGCCGAACCAUCGUUGAUAGCGGGACCACUUACAGCUACUUUCCUACUGCAGUUUUCCGAAGUCUACGAAAACAGCUCUACUCUCAGUGCCAGGGGAAGUGCGGAACUCGUCGCGGCGCCGAAUGCUGGGUAAGAGUUGUCGUAGCUUUCUAGCCUAUAUUAAGUAACAAGCUGAUGAUGUAGAAUUUGAGCAUUUGGGACUGGCAUCCGUUUUCGUCUGAUUUUUUAGCGUACUUCUUUGCAUGCUCGUAAAUGAUGGAAAUGAACCCAUCAACUUGAACACGAAGUUGAAAUUGAGUCAAUUACUAAGCCACGACUACCUCAUCUUCCCCACGACAGUCUUCGCCUGGUACGACGGAAGACAACAUCGAGACCAAGUUCCCGGUGAUCGAGAUGGAGAUUUCGGGACAAUGGUUCAAAUGGCAUCCACGAAGCUACAUGUACCGCCGGGGCAAGGGAUGUACUUUAAUAGUGCUCAAAGAAAAUUGCUCUUGCUAUUACCGAUAACAAGUUAAGUAGUCAAAGCAUUUUCGAGAUGUUCUUUCUUCUUUGGAGGAAGAAACAAAGGGCUAUUCAAAAAAUUCAUAAUUGGACCAUGCGGCUUGCUAUGCGUAUGCGUCUGGUUUCAAAUCCAGUCUUCAUCUGUUUCAUUCAACACUUCAUCUUCAGCAACUCUCUGCUUCACGUUCGACGACAAUGGUAGCGGUGGCACAGUUUUGGGUGCCUCUUGGAUGAUCGACCGCAGUUGCAUUUUUGACCUUGAGAAGCGUCAGAUUGGCUUUGCAGACGCGCGAUGUCCGCACUUCUCAGCAGCCAACCGACCAAGAGCCCCGCAGCCAGGAGAUUUUGCUAAGAGCUCUGUGGCUCCCGUCGCACCAGCUGCAUCGUCGUCCUCUGGAGUCAAACCUAGCAGCCCCGCGACGACUGCACCGAAGCCAACUCCUGCGGCAGCAGCAGCAGCGCAACCAAGUCCAGCUACAGCAGCGCCAGCAACGCCUUCUGCCGCAUCAUCAAAGACAUCCGCAACAGAUACGACAGGAGGAUCCACAACGCCGGAAGCCGCGUCGUCUUCAUCAACAGCCGUUGAGAAGGAAAAAAGCGCGUGGUUGCCAAGUUACUUCGCGCAAAAGGACGGGUCAACCUCGGCCGCUGCCAGCAAUGCUGCAAACGGCGUAGUCACGCUUCUGGCGCUCGCGUUACUCACGUGCAGCUGCGUCCAGAUGUACCGUGCCUUUCGCAAGCGCACAAGUUACACGGUCACAACGCAAAAUCCGGAGGACGGCGUACCCGUCCGCGAGUGGAUUGCGACCGACAGCUCAGGCGUAGUUACCGGCAUACCUCUAUCACAACGAGAUCCGCGGGCCGUUGUAUCAGGGAAGUCUAACACAGAACGGCUGGAGUGA